CCUGUCACUGACAGUGUUUGGGGGCUAUGCACAACUAGGCUGGACAAUAGAACGACGUUAGCAAGCUAGCUAGGUACUGUAGGCUAACGUAAAUUACAUGUUAGUAGUAGGCAAAAGCACUGGGGAUAUUCUUCUUGAGCAUGUGGUUUAGCUAACGUCAGUAUCUUUCUUGCCCAUUGUGGGGACGCAAGAGACAGCUGGGACAUUGGCUGAAAGCUUGGCUAGCUAGCUAACCAACUGGUAUUGUGCCGCAGACCCCAACCCAGAUCCAGUUUCACCAAUGAUUGGCAGUUCUCGUCGCGGAGGGUGCAAUGACACAAGACGAGGAGCCGCGGCGUGACUGACAGUCUUCUGGAACCCGACCAUCGAAGUAGCUAGCUACUACUGUUGACAAUCUGGGAACAUGGACAAAUGCAUCCAGAGAAGUAUCCCUCUCCCUGGAUCAGAAUGUAAUGCAAGAAGGACGGAUAGUGCGGAAAAGCUUUCUAGGCAGAGCAGGGCAUAUAUGAACGGGAACCGCACACAUCAUGCCAACAGAGCACGCAACUCAUUGAACCAGAAGGAAGCAUGACAGCAUAUUAAUGUUUAUUUUAUCUAUGUAUUUAUUUUGCUGAAUAAGACAUGGUUUUGUCUGGCUAUCACCACUGGUUCCCAGAUUUUAUGUACUAGUUCUAUCAACCGAUGUCUGAGAAUUUAGAUUUCAAGAUGACGGUAGAGGGUUCCACAAUAAAGAGUCGGAUCAAAAAUCUUCUCCGCUCGCCAUCUAUCAAAUUAAGAAGGAAUAAAGAUCGGAACAACAAAGAGAAUCUCAGUAACAAGGUGACAUUGGAGAAGGUGCUGGGGAUCACAGCAUUUGGGAACCGUGCUUUGGCCUGCGACCCUCGCUCUGGACUAGUGGCCUACCCAGCUGGAUGUGUGGUGGUGCUGCUGAACCCCAAGAAGAACAAACAGCAUCACAUCCUCAACAGCUCCAGGAAAACCAUCACCACUCUGUCAUUUUCCCCUGAUGGCAAAUAUGUGGUCACAGGAGAGAGCGGGCACAUGCCUGCUGUGCGGGUGUGGGAUGUUGCAGAGCGGACCCAGGUGGCAGAGCUACAGGAACAUAAGUACGGCAUCUCCUGCGUGGCCUUCAGCCCCAACAGCAAGUACAUCGUCAGCGUGGGAUACCAGCACGACAUGAUCGUCAAUGUCUGGGCCUGGAAGAAAAACAUUGUGGUGGCAGCCAACAAAGUGUCCAGUAAAGUGACGGCCGUGUCCUUCUCAGACGACAGCUCCUACUUCGUCACGGCAGGGAACAGGCACGUCAAGUUCUGGUACCUGGAUCACACCAAAUCCUCCAAGGUGAACGCCACGGUUCCUCUGCUUGGUCGCUCGGGGCUCCUGGGGGAGUUGAGGAACAACUUCUUCUCUGACGUGGCAUGUGGGAAGGGUCGUAAAGCCGGCAGCACCUUCUGCAUCACUUCCUCAGGCCUGCUCUGCGAGUUCAAUGACAAACGCCUGCUGGACAAAUGGGUGGAGCUAAGGAAAAACGACAUCAUCACAACAACUCAGGCCACGUCUCUGUCUGUGACAGAGGAGCUGAUCUUCUGUGGCUGUGCCGACGGCACCGUGAGGGUCUUCAGCCCCGUCAACCUGCACUUCAUCUGCACCCUACCACGUCCACACUGCCUGGGCACAGACAUUGCCACCGUGGUGGAGGCUAGCCACCUCUUCAGCCACAAGAUGGACGCCCGGUACCCUGACACGGUGGCUGUAUCCUAUGACCCUGCAAGCCGCUGGCUGUCCUGUGUCUACAACGACCACAGCCUGUACGUGUGGGACGUACGGGACCUCCGCAAAGUGGGCAAGGUCUAUUCCGCCCUCUACCACUCGGCCUGCGUGUGGAGCGUUGAGGUGUACCCAGACAGGAUAAGUGAUGGUGAGCAGCCCUGUCUGCCUCCAGGCUCCUUCCUUAGCUGUUCCUCAGACAACACCAUCCGGCUCUGGAACACUGAUGUUCACAGCACCACCCUCAGCCGCAACGUCAUCAGCAACGACCUCCAGAAGAUAAUCUACAUGGACAACAACACGGCCGGCCUGCUGGACACAGAGUGCCUCAACUCUGGGAACGGAGAGAAGGCCGACCCCCAGACCUCGGAGACCAGGACGGGCAUCAGGACGAUAUGUGUGAGCCCCGACGGGCAGCACCUGGCGUCAGGCGACCGCACCGGCACCUUGAGGAUCCAUGAGCUGAAGAGCAUGGAGGAGAUUCUGAACGUUCAGGCCCACGACUCGGAGAUCCUGUGUCUGGAAUACUCCAAGCCUGAGACGGGGCUGAAGCUGCUAGCCACAGCGAGUCGAGACCGUCUGAUCCAUGUGCUGGAUGCAGAGCAGGAGUACAGCCUGCUGCAGACGCUGGAUGAACACUCCUCCUCCAUCACCGCUGUCCGAUUCGCUGCCAAUGACGGCAAGGUGAGGAUGAUCAGCUGUGGCGCUGAUAAGAGCAUCUACUUCCGCACAGCGCAGAAGUCAGAUGAAGGAACAGUGUUUACUCGCACCCACCACAUCGUACGCAAGACGACGCUGUAUGACAUGGAUAUCGACCCCACCAGGAAGUACGCCGCUAUUGGUUGUCAAGACCGCAGCAUUAGAAUCUUCAACAUCAGUAAUGGCAAACAGAAGAAACUGUACAAGGGCUCCCAAGGAGAGGAUGGCACUGUUAUCAAGGUUCAAACCGACCCCUCAGGGCUGUAUGUGGCCACCAGCUGCUCAGACAAGAACAUCAGUAUCUUUGACUUCUACUCUGGAGAGUGUGUGGCCACCAUGUUUGGACACUCUGAGGUUGUGACUGGAAUGAAGUUCACCAAUGACUGCAAGCACAUGAUAACUGUGUCUGGUGACAGCUGUAUCUUUGUGUGGCGUCUGGCCCCAGAGCUCACCAUCAGUAUGAGACAGCGUCUCUCGGACCUCAAACAGAACAGCAAGCCAGUUCAGAAGACACCACCUCACAAACCUUGCAAUCUCAGCACCAGGAGAGAGGUGCACAGCACCCCUCCCAUAGUCACCAUGUCCUCUGACAGCGACAAAGAGGUGGAGGAGGAAUGGAUAGAAGAGGAGGAUGAGGAAGAGAUGAUCUCUCCUUACAUGGUGUCAGGCUGCAGUGCAGGGGAAGAGACAGACACCUCAGAUGAAAAGCACAACUCUCUCAACUCUCACGGCAGAGAACUGAAAAGGGAGAGCUCUUUUGGCAGGCGUUCCUCCCAGGGCAGUCAUCACUCUGAGGAAAGGGUUCCCCGUCCGCGGCGCCGGUGGUCCAGAGGCAUGGGCAGCAUGGAGCUGAUGGUCAAGUCCAUGUUGGACCUCAGACAGCUGGAUUCCUUCGCCAUGCCCCCCUCCUCCCCCACCAAGACCAAGAACCAACCUGAUGCUGACUCUUUCAGAGACCCAUUCAGGGAAGACGAGCUGGGCAGUACCAUCAGCCUGCAACCCCUUACUGCAUGGGGGGAUGAGUCUGAGCAGAGGUCCCAGCAGCGACCCCACUACAUCAUGCUCUCUCCACAGACCCCAGAGACUGAGACAGGCUCAGUGCUCUACCCCGAGGGCUGUGAGGACAGGGUCAGCUUAGCUGGCAGUGAGUACCUAGUGAAAGAGCUACUGCCCGGGUCUGGGGCCAACAGGAGUGUGAAGGGGUACCAGAACCACAACCAGUGGAGCCAGGGCCACCAUGACAAACACAGCCCAGACAGCGCCUGUUCUGUGGACUACUCCAGCAGCAGACGGUCCAGCCCAGACAGUCAGCAGCAGCCGCCUGGAGAGGACUCUGAGCCCACAGAGCCUCUCAGUGUGGAUGGGAACUCCUCUGAAUUGGACAUGGAGGAACUGGAGGAGGAAGAGGAGGGGGGCGUAGGGAGGGGAGAGGCCAAGGGGACAACAGUAGUACCUCAGACCCCUGAUCAGGAGGCCUUCCUCAAACAGCACUUUGGCAACCUGGCUGAGCUUAAAAACCCAGUGAGCCCGACCAGAGUUGUCACCCCUGACAGUGUCAGCAUCUCCUCCAAGUUCCUGUCCCAAUGCUCUGCUGGAAGCAGGACUGCCUUUCCAUUCCCAUCGAAGAGCGGUGGUGAGGGGAAGGUAGCCAGCGGUGUGGUGAGGCCCCUGGUCUCUGAGGUGAGGCCCCUCAUGGAGCAGAGCCAAGGCCAGAGCCACAACCAGGGCCAGAGCCACAGCCACAACCAGGGCCAGAGCCACAGCCACAACCAGGGCCAGAGCCAAGGCCACAGCCAGGGCCAGAGCCACAGCCAGGGCCAGAGCCAAGGCCAGGGCCACAGCCAGGACCAGAGCCACAGCCAGAGCCACAACCAGGGCCAGAGCCACAACCUGGGCCAGAGCCACAACCAGGGCCAGAGCCACAGCCAGGACCAGAGCCACAGCCAGAGCCACAACCUGGGCCAGAGCCACAACCAGGGCCAGAGCCACAACCUGGGCCAGAGCCACAACCUGGGCCAGAGCCACAACCAGGGCCAGAGCCACAGCCAGGACCAGAGCCACAGCCAGAGCCACAGCCAGGACCAGAGCCACAGCCAGGACCAGAGCCACAGCCACAGCCAGAGCCACAGCCAGGACCAGAGCCACAGCCAGAGCCACAGCCAGGACCAGAGCCACAGCCAGGGCCACAGCCAAGGCCAGAGCCACGACCAGGGCCAGAGCCACGACCAGGGCCAGAGCCACAGCCAGGAUCAGAGCCACAGCCAGGGCCACAGCCAAGGCCAGAGCCACGACCAGGGCCAGAGCCACAGCCAGGACCAGAGCCACAGCCAGGACCAGGGCCAGAGCCACAACCAGGGCCAGAGCCACAGCCAGAGCCAGAGGAAGGGCUCAGAAGACUCUCAGAAGGGCACUACCGGGAGAUUAGAAGUAGUGGACACUACCACUACGGAGAAGGGUCUGAAUCUGCGUGCCUCUCCUCUGAGGAAGAAGCUGUUUAACCCUGCAGUGGACUCCCGUAGGAUGGUCAGCCCCGUGGCCAAGGCUGCAGCCUCACACCUCACCUCUACAGGCAUGAGGAAGUCCCAGUCAGUCCAGAACCUGCACACUGAGGUAGAAAUGCCUCUGACCCUGUCUCGGCCCUCCAAGGAGGUGGCCCCCCAGCCCCAUCACGCCCAGUCUCAUCAAUCCCAGGCCAAUGAGCGUCCAGUGACCCUCCCCACCACCCCCCGCCGCACCCUGCCCAGUGUGCCUCCCCUCUGCAGCCCCACCUCCGCACAACCCCGGGACAGCACCAGUACCAGUCACAGCACUGCCACCACACCCAGGAGCCUCAAGUCCCGCUGCUCCUACAUGAGCCCCACCACCAGCUCCAUGGCCAAGAUGUCCCGCUCCGUGUCCAUGGGAGACAGCCUAAACGUGGCCGAGGAAGAGUCUGGGUCUGGGUCUACAGAGUCACGCAGGGGGUCCAGCUUUGACACCUCAAACGCUCCCACCAAGAGUCGGAGCUGCUCCUCCCAGAGUCCUAGUACUAAAUCGUCUACCCCCAUGGCCAUGUUCUCUUCCACCUUAGCCGCCUCCUCCCCUUUGGCGUUGGGUUUAGCCAUGCCCCAUGCUGCAGUUAUCCCCACCCUCAUCAAUAGCUCUCCUAGCAACUCCAACCCCAGCCCAACCACCAAGAGCCUGCAGGCUAAGCUGACGUGCAGCACCCGGCCCCAGCUCAACCUGGACAUCUCCAAGCCCCUCCCAGACAAGUCCUCCCUGGCAGUCUUCACUUCCAACAGUACUUCCAAGACCGCCACCUCCUCCAAGACUGUCAAAGAGGACAACAACCUCUCCUCCAGAUCCCCAGUCAGCUUGUUACCUCACCAGGGCCAGACUCAUCCAGUGCUCUCCAACAAAGUCCAGCUAGUCUCUGCACUGUCCCUCUACCCUGCCGAUCCUGUGGGGACUAGCCCAGCUCAGAGUCCUGAGGCCACCUUGAUAGACAACAGACUAGAACAGCCAAAGACGGAGGAGAGCCAGGGCCUGACUCAGGAGGAGAGCCCCGUGAUGGAGGUGUCUCUACAGGGCAGUCCCGUCUACCUGCUGUCAUCUGAAGGACCCGGCCAGGACCGCACAGGUUUGCUCCAACGUUCUCCCUCCUUCCUCCUGUCAUCUCUGCGUCUGGGCCUGCCCCUGGCCAGCACCAAGCACUUCUUUACUACUGGUGCCAUGUGGCCUGCUAUCUCAGUCUCCACCCCUAUGUACUCUACACCUUCACCUUCACCAUGUCCGUGUCCUCCGUCACUUAACCGUUUUCUCCUGAAGGACGGUUCUCUCAGUAUGGAGUCGUGCAGGGUGGUGGCCAGCGAGCUACAGAACACCUUUAGGAAGGCCUCCCAGCUCUACAGGAUGGUGAACAGUGUGCCUGUAGACUCCAGGCUGGAGCACCAUGAGAUGGCCCAGGUCCUGUCUGAGGCCUUUGAGGUGGUGAGGGCCGAGCUGAGCUCCCUGCCCCAGAGCUCACCCCCAUCCUCCUCUGGAGAACCUGCAGCAGGAGGCUCCCUGUGUACAGUGGGCUGCCGGCCUGUAGGACCAGGGACGGGGAGAUCAGCCUCAGGGGAGGAGAGGACUCUGGCUCUGCUGGAGCAGUACUCUGAGCUCCUCCUCAAAGCUGUGGAGAAGAGGCUGGACAACAAGCAGCUCUCCUAGACACUCCUCAAGGGAGACACAUCUUCUUUCACCCCCUUCCUUUAAGACUGAACCAACCAAUCCCCUUGCAAAAGAAGGAUCUGAAGCCAAUGUGCAAGGAUAUCUGCAGACUACAGUACUUUUUUUUUAUCGACAUGUUUUGAAAAUGAACAGAUUAAAAUAUUCCUGAAGGAU